AAAUAUCAGAAUUUGGACAGAAGCAAUGACCGGAGCAACGGCGAGAAUUCCGGUGAAAUCUCGGAAUCUGAUACUAGGUGAUUAUGAGAUCAAAUUUCUCGGGGAAAAAGCGAGUCUUCACGAUAUGUUCUUUGGGUUUCUAGAGGAAGGAGAAGAGUGGUCGGAAUCUUCCUGUAGUACCGAUUCCGGCGGUAGGUACAGUGAUGAUGCCGGCGACGAAGAGGAACAAGAUGAAAAUGCUAGCAGCGCUGAAGAGAGCAAAGCUUUCUGGGAGACUCAGCACCAGCUUCUCAAUGCAACCUUGUCAAGAACAAGUUCUGUGGAGUCAAGGAUCCGUCAGGCCACUAAAGAGGCUUUAAGAGAAUCCCAAAAAGCAGGAAAUGUUUGUGUUUGCCGGAAUCCCGUCCCUGGUGGUUGCCGGAAUUGCUUGCGCAGAGACAUUUCUGAACGUCUUCGGAAUGCCGGUUUCAAUUGUGCCAUUUGCAAAUCUAAGUGGAGAAGUUCACCGGAGAUCCCAUCAGGAGAACAUACCUACCUAGAUGUUAUCGAUAAAUCCUCCAAGAAAGGAGAAGUAAGGGUUUUAAUAGAGUUAAAUUUCCGGGCAGAGUUUGAGAUGGCAAGAGCUAGCGAUGAAUAUAACCGGCUAAUCAACCGGCUACCGGAAGUUCUAGUUGGAAAGGGGGAAAGGCUAAAAAGCCUGGUUAAGAUACUCUGUUCGGCAGCUAAGAAAUGCAUGAAGGAGAACAAAAUGCAUAUGGGACCAUGGAGAAAACACAAGUACAUGCAGGCUAAGUGGUUUGGCACCUGUGAACGGAUAGCACCGGCGCCGCUCUUCUCUACAACAAUCUCCGAUCGACCACCCAAACCUCCUAGGGCUUCUAUGCUAACAUUUGACUUGCUUGAAAAGCUGCCCACCUUACAACCUAAGGCUGUUGAGGUGGUCUAAUCUACUCCAGAACAAAGUUUUGUUUUUUU